AUGGCCUUCCGCGAUCUUACACAAAACAGACCGGGCUACAGCCUGGAAGACCGCUUAGACCCUUUUGAAGACGGCUCUUACGAGUCGAGCACAGGAACUUCAACGGAAAAUCUUCUUCACAACGGCAUCGAUGACUCUCCUCCUAUGAUGGCCGGCCAAGAUGAAUUAAAUCCCACUCCGCCUCCCCACGGCUCUAACAUCAUGGCUCCUACAGAAUUUGACCGCUAUCCGCUAAUGGUAUCGCGCGAUGUUUCUUCAACGUCUUUAGCGUCCCAUUUCCGUAACUCUGCUUUGACUAAGCUGCUGUCAUCCAGCCUGAACAGAGUUGUUGACCCUUUCGCCGCAGGAAUGGAUGUAUCACCAUUUGGUGGCUACCCGGCAUCUCAGUUUCCCCUUCAUAUUGAUGAGAAGGAAGACGACGACCAUUUGCACAACCCUGACCCACUCGCGGACGCAGAGUACGAUAAAAAUCGCUUCUUGUACGAUAUUAAACACAUGGAUCGCCGUUCGUUGUACGGUUUGGCAGGAUUUGUUCUUCUUUUCUUGGCUGCUAUCCUGGUGUUUGUCAUUUUGCCUGUUUUAACGUAUUCGGGAAUCACAAAUCAUUACACACCUGAACAUUACGAGAUCUUGACCCACUACGACUAUCCUUUGAGCAGCGCGAUUAGAACAAGCUUAAUCGACCCUGAUACGCCAAAAGAUGCACUCAAACGGAAAGUGGAAAGCGGUGAUGAAUGGGUUUUGACCUUUUCUGACGAAUUCAACGCCGAGGGCCGUACGUUCUAUGAUGGAGAUGACCAGUUCUUCCAAGCUGUUGACAUUCACUAUGACGCGACUAAGGACUUAGAAUGGUACGACCCCGAUGCUGUCACGACAGAAAACGGUACCUUGGUUCUUCGCUUGGAUGCAUACAAGAAUCACAACUUGUUCUAUCGUUCGGGUAUGGUACAGUCGUGGAACAGGCUUUGUUUCACACAAGGCAUGAUUGUGACUACAGCUAAUUUGCCUAACUACGGAAAUGUUUCAGGCCUUUGGCCAGGUCUCUGGACCAUGGGUAAUAUUGGCAGGCCCGGUUAUUUGGCCACUACAGAUGGUGUCUGGCCCUACACAUACGACUCUUGCGAUGCUGGUAUCACCGCCAAUCAGUCAUCCCCUGAUGGUAUCUCGUAUUUGCCGGGUCAAAGACUUAACAAGUGUACAUGUGCUGGUGAAGACCACCCCAACACCGGUACAGGCCGUGGCGCCCCUGAAAUUGACAUUUUAGAGGGUGCAGUCGAUACUGUUGUUAAGGUUGGUACUGUAUCGCAGUCAUACCAAGUUGCCCCAAUGGAUAUUUGGUAUAUGCCCGACUACAACUUCAUUGAGAUUCACAAUAAGGAGGUGACCACAAUGAACACGUACUGUGGCGGUCCUUUCCAGCAGGCUGUCUCCGGAGUGUCAACCUUAAACAACACGUGGUAUGAAGCCGGUGCUGGCGCAGGAAACUUUCAAGAAUUUGGCUUUGAGUAUUUGAAUGACAAUGAUUCUGGAUACAUUACUUGGUUGGUGGGACGCCAGCCUACAUUCACAGUCCAUUCAUACGCAUUGGGACCCAACGGAAAUGUUGGCUUCCGUCGUAUUUCCAAGGAACCCAUGUCCAUUAUCAUGAAUUUGGGUGUUUCUAACAGUUGGGCUUACAUUGACUGGGCGUCCAUUAACUUCCCAUCGCACAUGAGAGUGGACAGUGUCAGAAUUUACCAACCUCCUGAUGAGAUCAACAUGACAUGCGAUCCCGAAGAUUAUCCAACGUACAAUUACAUUGAGGAUCAUCUCGACGCUUACAUGAACCCCAACAUGACGUCCUGGACAAAGGCUGGAUACAAGAUUCCUCGAAACAAGAUUGUUCACAAUUGUUAG